GAAUUUGGUUUUCAAGUUUUUGGUUUUUUGUCUUGGUACUUGGAAUCAAUAUUAUGAUUCAACAAAAAUCCUUCAAUUCAUCAUCAUCAUUUGAAUAAUAAUAAUAAAAAUGGUUCUUGGUAAAAUAUUUCGUAUAUAUCAUAAAACGGAUAAAAAUAAUGUCUAUUCAGUACUGUUGGAAAAUAAAAAUGAUCGUUCCGAAUCAUUAUUAUUUGAAUCUGGUUGUAUAGAUAUUCUUGGUACACGUGAAAAUGAAGCUAUAAAACCAUUAUAUCAUAUGUUAAUGGAUGUUUAUGGUUGUCUUGGUAUACUUAAUCUAAAUAUCGGUAUUGAUCAACAACAAAAUUAUUUAGUUUGUAUUGUAAGCUGUGUAUCGAUUGGAAAGAUACAAAAUUCAGAAAUAUUUUGUAUAACGGAAACAACAUUUAUUCCAUUACAACAUGGUCAUCAGCAACAACAACAAUCCGAAUUAGAUCGUAUACAAGAUAUUAAGAAAAUUCUUAAUUCACAAACAUUUUAUUUUUCAUGGACAACACCACAACAACAACAACAAUUAUCAACAACAACAAAAAAAUUUGAUUUAACCAUUUGUUGUCAACGUUUAGAACGUAUGAAUGAAACUGAUAACCGGUUUUUUUGGAAUCGUAUGUUUUAUCCAUACAUGAAAUCAUUCAAUGUUAAUACGGAUCGAUGGUUAUUGAAAAUAAUGUGUGGUUUUGUUGGUAUUAAUACUGUUUAUGUUGGUCAUCAACAAGCAAAAGCAUGUUUAAUAUCACGACUGUCAUGUGAACGUGCCGGUACUCGUUUUAAUGUUCGUGGUUGUAAUGAUAAUGGAAAUGUUGCAAAUUUUGUUGAAACCGAACAAAUAAUAUUACUUGAUAAUAAUAAUAUUUCAUCAUAUUUGAUUGUACGUGGUUCGAUACCAUUAUUUUGGGAACAAACUGGUGUACAAGUUGGUUCGCAUAAAUUACGUUUAUCCCGUGGUAAUGAAUUAUCACAUCCAGCAUAUGAACGUCAUUUGGCAAUGUUACAAUAUCUGUAUGGGAAACAGGUGAUUAUCAAUUUGGUUAGUAAUAAAGAAAGUGAAUUUAUAUUAGGUUCAAUGUAUAAAACACAUCAUAAAUUAUCAUAUUUUUCAAAUGAUAUACCAUAUAUUGCAUUUGAUUAUCAUCAUUAUUGUCAACGUGGUCAACGAGAAGAAAAUCUAGUUACAAUGUUGAAAGAACGUGUAAAAAAAUAUUUUGAUGAAUUUGGUUUUUAUUAUUCAAUUGGCACGGGUAAUGAUCAAGAUGGCGGUAAUGAAAACCGAAUGCAUCAAACGGGAACAUUUCGUAUAAAUUGUAUUGAUUGUUUGGAUCGUACAAAUCGUGUACAAACAUUUUUCGGUUUAGAAAUGCUCAAACAACAACUACGUAUAUUACGAUUGGAUGAAAAAUCAACAAUUGUUUCGAGAUUUACGGAAGUUUUUAAAAAUAUGUGGCAAUCUAAUGGUGAUCAAAUAAGUAGAAUUUAUGCUGGUACUGGUGCGCUGGAAGGAAAAUCCAAAAUACGUGAUGGUACAUUAUCGGUUGCACGUACAUUUCAAAAUAAUCUUUUCGAUUCGAAUAAACAAGAAGCAUUUGAUAUUCUAUUAACAGGGAAAUUAUCAAAUAUUGAUUAUAUGGAAAAAUUUCGUUCAUUAUUACCGAAUCAUUAUCUUCAUCUACCAUCAUCGUUGUUAAUGUCUAUUUAUGAUAGACAUUUUGAAUAUACAAACGUUAUGGAAAUACGUAUUGCAGUCGGUACAUGGAAUGUUAAUGGUGGUAAACAUUUUAAUAGUAUUAUUUAUAAAAAAUCUGAUCCACUAUCAGAUUGGCUAUUGGAUUAUAAUCGAAAAAAUCAACCCCUAGGUAAUCAGAUAAACAUUUUGGAUUUAUCAUUGGAUGAUUCAUUAAGUUCAUUGUCAAAACCGGAUUCACCUGAUCUGUAUGCAAUUGGUUUUGAAGAAAUUGUUGAUCUUAGUGCACAGAAUAUUGUUGCAACAAGUACAACAAAUCAAAAAGAAUGGCUUAUGGAAUUGGAAAAAACUCUGUCCAGAAAUGAAACAUAUGUACUGGUUACAUGUGUACAAUUAGUUGGUGUUUGUUUGUUUUUAUUUGUUAAACCAAAAUUUGCUCGCUAUAUUCGUGAUGUACAAACGGAUACAGUAAAAACUGGUUUUGGUGGUGCAACCGGUAAUAAAGGUGGUGUUGGUAUUCGUUUACGUUUAUAUAAUUCAACACUAUGUUUUAUUUGUUCACAUUUUGCUGCCGGCCAACACCAGGUUCAAGAACGUAAUCAAGAUUUCAAAGAAAUUUCCCGCAAAAUGUUUCAAUCAAUUGGAAAGAAAAUCAAAUCACAUGAUUAUGUAUUUUGGUGUGGUGAUUUUAAUUAUCGUAUCGAUAUGCCGAUUGAUGAAUGUAAACAAUUAAUCUCGGAACAAAAAUGGUCAGAAUUAUUAGAAAAAGAUCAAUUAAAAUGUCAACAACAAGAUGGUUUAAUAUUUCAUGAUUAUCAUGAAGGACAGGUGGAUUUUGCACCAACAUAUAAAUAUGAUAUUAAUAGUGAUGAUUAUGAUACAAGUGAAAAAUCACGGAUACCAGCAUGGACUGAUCGUAUUUUAUAUCGAAAAUUUCAACCAACUAGUUUGAUGGAAAAAGAAACAAAUGAAUAUAAUUAUGGUGAAAUUGUAUUCUAUGGUCGUACGGAAUUGAAAACAUCGGAUCAUCGACCAGUAAUUGGUGAAUAUAAAAUUGAAAUUUUACAAUCAGAUUUUGAUCGUUUCAAUCAAGUUUUUAAUGAUGUUAUUGAAAAAUCUGGUCCUAUUGAUUCGACUGUUAUUAUCAAAGAAAUUAACCCGUUGGAUCCAUCGAAAUCAUUUGAACCAAUGUAUAUUGAAGAAUUAAUUAAAAAAAUUAAUGAACAAAUUUGUCCUAUAGUUUUGGCUGGUUUUGGUGAUGAUCAUAUGCGUAUUACAUUGAAAAAUGGACAAUCAGCAAUACAAUUAGUACAGAUGGGAAUUUUUAAUGUUUUGGAUAGAAAAUUUCAAGCUGAAUAUAAAACAAAAAAUUGGUUAGAAUUAAUACAAGAACAAAUUGAUUUGGGUGUUUGUAAUACAAUACCAUUGAUUGAAAAUACAAAAAAAUUAGAUAUUGAUCAAAUUUAUAAUGAUAAUAAUUAUAAUUUUAAAAAAUUAAUUACAAAUCAAACGGAUUUAGAUCAACAAUUAAUUAUUGAUUCAAUUUUGAUUGAUGAUCAAUCGAUUAAUAAUCAAUCGAAUCAGCAACCUGUACGACCACCACCACCAAAACAAUCAAGUUUAGAAACGGGUGGAAAAGAGAAAUCGGUAGCACCUGUAAGACCUGCACCACCACCACCACCUGCAACGAAGAAAUCUUCCGAAAAGAAAAUUAUCGAUGAUAUUUUCGAUACAUGUAAUAAUAAUGAUGAUGAUAGUCCGUUGUCCAUUAAUGAAAAACUUCCACCACAACUACCACCAUCAAGACCACCUCCAAUUAGAAUUACACAACAGCAAACGGCACAAGUACCACCACCACCCCCAUCAAUGCCAAAUAAUGUUGAUCAUAAUGAUUAUGAUGAUUAUGAUGAUGACAGCGAUGAUGAUAAUCAUUUUAAUUAUGAUAAUGAUGAUGAUGAUGAUGAAACAAAUAUGCCGAAUAUACCUGCACCUGUUCAUCCAGCUUGUGGACCACCACCGGUGGCUGCACCAUUACUACCGGCGGCUGCACCACCACCACCAAUUCCAUCACGUCGAUUACCACCAUCAAUACCACCACCACCACCACCAGCAAUUCCACCACGUGGUAAUUAAUAUUAGAUCUGUUUUUUCAAACACUAGUCAUUAUUACCAAAAAAAGAAAAACAUUAUCAAGUGACAUUAAUUCAUGUUUUUUUUCGUUGUUUGAUUGCCAAUUUCAAUUUCAAUUUCAAAUUCAAUUUUUUCAUUGAUUUUAUUUUAUGAA